GCCCCGCGCGGGGCCAUGUCCCGGGGCCGCUGCCCCCACCUGCUGUGGGACGUGAGGAAGCGGAGCCUGGGGCUGGAGGAGCCCGGCCUGCUGCGGCGGCACUACCUGGGGAGAAGAGAAUUUAUCCAAAGAUUAAAACUUGAAGCAACCUUGAAUGUGCACGAUGGAUGUGUGAAUACAAUUUGCUGGAAUGAUACGGGAGAAUAUAUUUUAUCUGGUUCUGAUGACACCAAUCUGGUUAUUACCAAUCCUUACAGCAGAAAGGUUUUAACAACCAUUCGCUCAGGACACCGGGCUAAUAUUUUUAGUGCAAAAUUCCUGCCAUGCACCAAUGACAAACAGAUUGUAUCUUGUUCCGGUGAUGGGGUCAUCUUUUAUACUAAUGUUGAACAGGAUGCAGAGACCAACAGACAAUGCCAGUACACGUGCCACUAUGGAACCACCUAUGAGAUUAUGACAGUACCAAAUGAUCCCUAUACUUUCCUCUCUUGUGGUGAAGAUGGCACUGUACGAUGGUUUGAUACUCGAAUCAAAACAAGUUGCACAAAGGAAGAUUGUAAAGAUGAUAUUUUAAUAAACUGUCGUCGUGCUGCCACUUCUGUUGCUAUCUGUCCACCAAUCCCGUACUAUCUUGCUGUGGGUUGUUCUGAUAGCUCAGUAAGAAUAUAUGAUCGACGAAUGCUUGGUACAAGAGCAACAGGGAAUUAUGCUGGUAGGGGCACUAUUGGGAUGGUGGCACGUUUUGUUCCUCCUCAUCUCAAUAACAAAUCUUGCCGAGUAACGUCUCUAUGUUAUAGUGAAGAUGGUCAAGAGAUCCUUGUUAGCUACUCUUCAGACUACAUAUACUUGUUUGAUCCCAAGGAUGAUACAGCACGAGAACUUAAAGUUCCUUCCUCUGAGGAGAGACGAGAAGAGUUACGGCAACCUCCUGUUAAACGUUUGCGGCUAAGAGGGGAUUGGUCAGACACUGGCCCAAGAGCAAGGCCUGAGAGUGAACGGGAGAGAGAUGGAGAACAGAGUCCUAAUGUCUCUCUAAUGCAGAGGAUGUCAGACAUGCUGUCAAGAUGGUUUGAAGAAGCUAGUGAAGUUGCACAAAGUAAUCGAGGACGAGGAAGAUCGCGGUCCAGAGGUGGGACUAAUCGGACAGAUGCUUCUGCUAGUAAUAAUGUGCCAGCUAGUACAGAAUCAGAAACUGCGAUGGAAGUAGAUGGUUCUGAACAACUUCCAUCAUCUUCAUCUUCUACGAUGUCAGCCCAAGCUCCUUCAACAUCAUCUUCAGCAGGAAGUCCCCCUUCAACUUCAUUAUUGUCCUCUCCUGAUAAUGAACAAAGGCCUUCUCUGGGGGCCUCAUCUCAACCUGUGCUCCAUCAGUCUGAGUUAAUGGGACCUGAGUUAGCUAUAAUCCGUAGGGGUCUACAGCGCCUGAGGCUUAAGAAGGCAGAACAACAGAGACAGCGAGAGCUAGCUGAGGGUUCUGCACCACAGUCCUCCUCUGAUCAGUCAUCCUCUAAGGGCUCCUCACAGGACCCUCAGACAUCAGAUUCUCCUUCCUCUGUGGUUAACAAACAGCUUGGAUCCAUGUCACUUGAUGAGCAACAGGAGAGUGAUAAGCCACGAACAGGAACGAGUGAACCAGUUUUAAGUUUGCACUACAGUACAGAAGGAACAACUACUAGCACAAUAAAAUUGGACUUCACUGAUGAGUGGAGCAGCACAAAUUCAAGCUCUAGAGGGAGUGGAAGUCAUUGCAAAACUGAAGGCCAAGAAGAUUCCUUAAAAACAAAAACGUCAGAAGAGUCAGGACCUGAAGAUGAAGAAACAAGUAAGAUUCAGCAUUACUUCUGUAAUGGAGUUCCUGAUGAAUCUCACAAGGAAGACACAAGUGCUGGAGAACUGAAAACUACAGAUGAAACUGUAGAGACAACAGAAGCAACUGUAUCCAAUAAACCUGCCACUGAGCAUCCUGGAAUCCAACCAGAAGAAAAUGAUCCCAGUGUUGAGACUGCCUGCAGAACUGCGGAGGAGGAAGCUUCAAGUGAAAAAAGUACAAAUCAAGAAAUUUCAAGUCAGCAAAGUGCUGAAUCCACUGCCAACUUGCUUAGUGCAAACGAUGAACCUCAGCCACACCCAGAAUCCUCAGGGCUUGCAACUCCAGAAGAUUGUUCUACCAGAACCUCAGCUCUCCAAGAAACUGAUGACAGUGAUGAUGAUCCUGUUCUGAUCCCAGGAGCAAGGUAUCGAGGAGGACCAGGGCACAGACGAUCUGCUGUUGCUCGCAUUCAGGAGCUCUUCAGAAGGAGGAAAGAAAGGAAAGAAAUGGAAGAGUUGGAGACUUUGAACAUUAGACGUCCUUUAAUAAAGAUGGUUUAUAAAGGUCAUCGGAAUUCCCGAACAAUGAUAAAAGAAGCCAAUUUUUGGGGAUCUAACUUUGUCAUGAGUGGUUCAGACUGUGGCCAUAUUUUUAUAUGGGAUCGCCAUACUGCUGAACAUCUCAUGCUGCUGGAAGCUGAUAAUCAUGUGGUAAAUUGUCUUCAGCCUCAUCCAUUUGACCCAAUUCUGGCCUCUUCGGGAAUUGACUAUGAUAUAAAAAUUUGGUCACCAUUGGAAGAAUCCAGGAUUUUUAACAGGAAACUUGCAGAUGAAGUUAUAACACGUAAUGAGUUAAUGCUGGAAGAAACCAGAAACACUAUCACUGUUCCAGCAUCUUUUAUGUUACGAAUGUUGGCAUCUUUGAAUCACAUAAGAGCAGACCGAUUGGAAGGCGACAGAUCAGAAGGAUCUGGUCAGGAGAAUGAAAAUGAAGAUGAAGAAUAACCGGCAGUUGUGUGCAAGCACCUAGAUGUUAAUGGAAUUUGUACAAGACAUUAAUUAUAUUUUUCCUUACAGAGCUUUAGUGCAAUUCUAAGAUACUGCUUUUGGAUAACCUAACCUUCUGUUUUUGAAUGACUGUGUGCAUGACUUUGAGAGAGUGUGCAAGUAAAAUAAGCAAAAAUGUUUUUAAAAUGUUUUGCCAUGUAUGAGGGGUGCUAGGAGAUGCAAAGUGCAAUAUUUUCCUUAACCUGCAAAUGUGGGAGCUUGGAUCAAUGUUUUAAAGUAACUUUCAUUAUAGUAAAAACGUUGGUUCAAAUAAAUUUCUAUACCUGCUGUUUGCAUGUUCGUUGCUUUCUAAUUAAAAAGAUUUGGUUGUUUUAA